AUGACAGAUACUGAUAAAAAAGAAACAACUACAGUGAAUGAAAUAGCAAAGGCAUUAAGUGAUCCAACAAAGAAAAGAAAGGCAGAGGAUGAAAUCGAAAUAGAUUUACAGAGCUCAAUUCCCUUAUCUAAAAAACAAAAGCGUUUACUAAGAAGAGGUAAAAUUACAUUAGAAGAGUUGAAUGCUAAAUAUAAAGCCGAUACUUUACCAACAGAACAUAAGUCCACAAAUGGUAAUGAUAGUGGUGAAGUUAGGGGAGAUGGAAAUACAGAAGGAUCAAGUGAUGAUAAGUUAAAGAAAGAAAAAAUUAAAACCUACGGUGUUUGGAUUGGUAAUUUAUCUUUUGAUACCACUCAAGAUGAAAUCAUUAGGUUUCUUGUCGGUAAGACUUCAGAAUUAGAAGCUGAAGAAAGUCGUAUAUCCGAAAAGGAUAUUGUUAGAAUUAAACUACCAUUGACUAAAAAUGACGGGAAACAAAUUAAAAAUAAAGGAUUCUGCUAUAUUGACUUUAAGAAUGAAAAACAAAUGCAAUCAUGCAUUGCAUUAUCAGAGAGUCAGUUAAAUGGUAGAAAUUUACUAAUUAAGAAUUCUGAAAAUUAUGAAGGUAGGCCAGAUAAAAAUGAUUUAAUUAGUUCAUCUAAGAAUCCACCAUCAAGAAUCCUUUUUGUUGGUAAUUUAUCCUAUUCUACCACAGAAGAUUUGUUAAGAAGUCAUUUUCAACAUUGUGGUGAUAUCGUUAGAGUUCGUAUGGCCACAUUUGAAGAUUCUGGUAAAUGUAAAGGUUUUGCCUUUAUUGAUUUUAAAAAUGUCGAGGGUGCAACUAAAGCUUUAACUGAUAAAUCAUGUAGAAAGAUAGCUAUGAGACCAAUUAGAAUGGAAUAUGGUGAAGAUAGAAGUAAGAGACAGGUAAGAAAAUCAGAUAAAUCUGUUAAGAGUACUACACAGGAUUCAUUUGAUUUAUCAUCCAGUAAUGAUUAUUUAAAGAAAAAAGAUGAUAAUCAAAAAGGCCUUCAAGAAAAAAUAUCAUACAAAAAACCUAAAAACAAUAAUUUCAGUUAUACAUCAAAUAACCGCAUAAAGAGUAGUAUUGCAUUAGCUAGUGCUCAAAGAGGGUCGGCAGCAAUAGUACCACAUCAAGGUAAAAAAAUUAAAUUUGAUUGA